GCGUUGGACCACGCUAGAGGGGAUAUCUACUGGACUGAUUAUGAUGAAAACACCAUCUCUGUAGCAAAGAUGGAUGGAUCGUCAACUAGAACACUUCUGACGUCACCAGCCGUCAGCCGUCCUUAUGACCUGGUCCUGGACCCCAGGAAUAAACUCAUGUACUGGGCGGACGGUGGUAAUGACAGAAUUGCCCGUGCUGCGAUGGACGGCAGUAACCAAACCACCAUCAUCACGGGCGUGUCUAAACCCCGCGCCGUUACAAUAGACUAUAGAGAGGACCGGCUGUACUACUCUGAUAUACACCGCAUGUACAGCUCAGACCUGCUGGGUAACGAUAUACAACUGCUGUCUGAAUCCGGGAAGUGGGUGUAUGGAAUUGCUGUUGACGAGAACUACGUCUACUGGUCGUCUUCUUGGCUUGAUUCAUCAAGGACAAGGCAAGGGAAAGUUGGAAUGUUAUCCAAGUCAAACUUGACCAAGACUGUCCUGGUGGAGGGUCUGGCAUCGCCAUUCGACAUCCGCCUGUCCACCACUGGUUGUCCAGUGAGUUACACCUCACACGGGGAUUCGUGCUUCAAGGCGUACAACCAAGUCAAAACCUACAGUCAGGCCAGACAGGUGUGUGCAGCGGACGGGGGGCUCCUCGCCAUGCCGAAGGACAGAGAAGUGGACGACUUCUUGUUGGACCUCAAGAACGCCGUGAAUCCCAACUCUCCUUUCUGGUUGGGCCUGAACAAUCAGAACGGAGAAGGAGGGUGGUCGUGGGAAGACGGGACUCCAUACAGCCCAACCGCAGACUGGACUGGGUGGCAGCCUGGGGAACCCAACAGUAACGGAGAAGGCUGUGUCAACCACCUCGGGACCGGAUGGAACGACGCGCCGUGCUCGUCCGCAUCCAACUUCAUCUGCCAGCUGAAGGACGCGAUCCGCUGUCCCCUCGGGUACUUCCGGUGCGGACGCGGACAUGCCUGCACCCUGACCUGGAGGCGGUGUGACGGGAGGACGGACUGUUCGGACGGGAGUGACGAGGACGGUUGUGAGUGCCUGCCGAUUCCUGUGGAUUUCAACCUCGGCGGUAGACUUACAAUGUUACCAAAUCAGCUGGGUGAGACGACGUUUGAGAAGAUACAGAAUUCCUCUUUCGUGGACCUGCUCAACAGUUCGUCCGCAAACGGACAGAACCGACACCCCGAGUUCCGGGAAUUCGCAUCUGCAGUGAUUUUCCCGCAAUGUGCUGUACCCAAAGAGAACGACACUACCUGCUCUUUGUCUCGUCAUGCAGACAACGCCACCUCGUGCAUGAACAAACCACUGCUACCGUGCCGUUCGUGGUGUGAGGAAGUCCUCAACAUGGCUGAUACCCGGAUGAAGAAGCGGUUCCCUACCUGUGACUUGUUUCCACCACCACAGCACGGCUGUUGGAACCCUGAACCAGCGACAAGGAACGGCGAAGUUUGCUACCACGGUGGCGGCAUGAACUACCGCGGCACACGGAGUACAGCCAAGUCCGGGGGAGAGUGUGUGAAGUGGUCCGCUGCGCAGGAAGGGUUCUACCCAGCCGCGUACCCCUGGGCCAACAUGGAUAACAACUACUGCCGUAACCCUACCGGUCUGGGGCGGCCAUUUUGUCUGGUGGAAGAUGGCAGCCAGCAGGAAUGCGACGUCGUUUCCUGCAAGAUGUUUUGCUGCUGGGACAUCGGUCCUCCUGACUACGGCAAUAGAAGCCCUAUGAAGAGGUUCUACUACGUGGGAGAAAGGAUCGCCUUCACCUGCAACGAGGGAUACUACAUAAAGCCCGGGUAUCCUACCGAAGUGAGAUGCGGCGAAGGAGGCUUCUGGCAGUAUGACAAGCCCAGUUGUUCAGCGAAUUUCGAGGAUAGGCUGAAAGCCGACCUACUCGAUGUGAACAAUCGCAACCUGGCACCUGAGCCUGAGAGCCGUACCCAGACCGACACUGACAACCCUACCGACACUGACAACCCUACCGACACUGACAACCCUACCGGCACUGACAACUCUACCGGCACUGGGAACCCUACCGGCACUGAGAACCGUGCUGAGACUGACAACUCUACUGAGGCAGAGACCCCUACUCGGAUUAAGAACCACAUCCGACCCGUCAUCAGCUUUAAUGGAUCUGUAGAACAGAUCGUCGACUUGGAGGAAAAGAAGGAGCAGCUGGUUGCCUCUGUCGUCAUCCAUUUCACAUGGCAGGACAGCCGACUGAGCUGGGAUCCAAAGUACUACGACAACAUCGAGACUAUCAGCGUCCCUGGCAGCAGCAUCUGGACCCCUACACUCACUCUGAAGGGGAAUGCUAAUCCUUUAUACCAAGGCCUACCAAAAAUCGUACCGGUCUGGAUCAGUAGCGAUGGCCAGGUAACCUGGAGUGUAGAAACCCUGACCACCACCGUGUGUGAUGCGGACCCUUUCUACUUCCCUGCAGACACCAUGGAAUGCAACAUCUGCUUUGCUGCAUUUUCUGCAACCAUCG